UCGGAGACUGGAGAGAUGUGGUCUGAGCUGCUGCUGCCUCCGUCGCGACUGGUUCGCCGGCACCACUGCUGGGGGUCGUCGCCGGUCUACGCGCCGCCGCUGUGCUCCUUGUUGCAAUACCGCCGCUGUGUGCUGGCGAGAGGGAAGCCGCCGGGUCAUACAGAGGAGAGGAGGCAUAACCGCGCCCAGCCACCGCCGUUUCUGCCGCCAAGAAACCCCGUUGUGCCUCUGGUUGCCGGGAAACGGUGUGGUUACUGCAGGAGGUCGCCGCCGGAGCUGCUGCUCCAUUCUUCUGUUGAUCCAUCAGAGCUUCUGGCCGCCGCCGGAGCUGUUGCCGGGCUCGUCCGAUAUCGCAGCUGCUUCGUUUCGCUAGUUCAGUAA